ACCCAUAAAGCCAAAACCCCAACUAUUUUUCCUUCUCCGCCUUUUGUUCGCAUCUCCAUGCCACUCUUAAACCCCGUCAAUAAUUCUCUGAAUCUGACCCUAUCCACAAUUCUAUUUAUCCUCUCCUCUCUCCCCCACUCUCCCUCACUGAUCUUAUCCAACUCCUGUAGAAUUUCUGCGCCCUGUUGAUGGACCAUUGUCUCUCCUACGGCACACCCUUCAGUCUCAAACCUUCCCUCUCCUCGGUCAACUGCCGACCCCGAUCCCCCCCGUCCUCUUCUGCUCCCACCAAGUCCUUUCCGUGCCGUCGAUCCGACGGAGCGGUCGUAUGCGCCGCCCGCAUCAACCGGAGAACGCCCUCGAUUGUUGCGAGUUCGGCGGCGGGCCACUGCGAGUACGGGAGCAGCCUAAACACACCGCACGAGCCGAGGUCGUGGGCCGGGAGGGUCCUCAGUGGCGUACUCCAGAACCAGCGCCAGUUCUUCCAUGCCGCGGUUGCGGAGCAGUUGGAGCAGCUCGCUGUUGAUAGGGACAGCGCUGUAGCCCGCAUGAAUCUCAGCUCUGGCUCCCCGGAAUCUUGCCUUCACAGGAGAAUUGCAGAACUGAAAGAGCACGAGUGUCAAAAUGCCAUUGAAGAUAUCAUGUACAUGUUAAUCAUUUACAAAUUCUCUGACAUCAGAGUCUCUUUAGUUCCAAGACUCUCUAAAUGCAUUUAUAAUGGAAGACUAGAGAUAUGGCCUUCAAAGGAUUGGGAGCUUGAGUCCAUUUACAACAUUGAGGUUUUGGAGAUGAUUAGGGAACAUAUCACUGCUGUUGUUGGCCUGAGAGCUAAAGCUAGUGUCUCAGACAAUUGGGCAACAACUCAGAUCCAACGGCUCCAGCUUGGUCGAAUAUAUGCUGCUUCCAUCUUGUAUGGUUACUUCCUGAAGUCUGCCUCCUUGAGGCUCCACCUGGAAAUGAAUCUAUCUUUUGCCCACCAAGGCUUUCCUCUUGUUCAUUGGACUUCCCUCCCACUCCGUGAGUUACUGCAUCAUGGGUUUAAAUAUAUUGUUUUAGGUCACAUUGGCAACACACAAUCCAUGUCAUUGUGCCAAGGGUCCAUUAUGCCGGGAAAGAAACAUGAGAACUUGAAGGGUUAUGUCAUGGGGUUUGACUCUGAGACAUUGCAGAGAUGUGCAAAGCUGAGAUCUAAGGAGGCUGAGAAUCUGAUUGAGAAGCACAGUUUGGCACUCUUUGGGGGCCAAAGGAUGGAUUUGUUCGAGACAGAUGAGAUGAUCUCAACUUCAUUUUCAAGUCUAAAGAGACUAGUUUUGGAGGCUGUUGCUUUUGGUUCCUUCCUUUGGGACACGGAAGAAUAUGUUGAUACUAUCUAUAAGCUUAAGGAUAACUGAUUAGAGGAACGAGGAUGUUCAUAUAAUAAGCCAUGGUGGUAAAGCAAGCUUUUCUGUACAUGAGUGGGGUUUUUUGUUGUCAGGUUUCCCAUAACCUGGCAAUUUUUAACAUGUAUAGGUUUGAUUUUGAGAACAAUGUACAGUUCAUGUUUGCAAAUUUUCUAUGUUAAUCUUAUGGCGUGCUGAUUGCUUGAUUGCUCGAUGUAUAAAUGUAAUAAUAUUUCCCUAGUAGCUGACAAUCAAAUGCCCCAUUAUUCUA